AUGAAACAUAGCAAAUUUUUAUUAAAUGUUUAUAUUUUUUCUUUAUUUUUUCUACUAAAUAACAAAAUAAAAUGCCAAACAUUUUUACCAGUGUCUUAUCCAACACAUCACUUAUAUUCGUUUGAAAAAUUAACACCCCAUGAUAUAAGAAGUAAUUUAAAAAGAACAAUAUCAAAUUUUAUAACUACAAAAUUAGAAAAUAUUAAAAAUAAAUUCCAAAAAAAUGAUAAAAAUAAUGAUAUAAAAAAUGAAUAUGAAACAUCUUUAGAAGAUCAAAUAAAAUCACUACUGCAACAAGCAAAAAAUAAAAGAACUUUAUCUAAAAAAAUAAAAGAAUCAUAUGAUCGUGCUUUAAAAAAUUUAAAAAAGAAACAAAGCGGAGUUGAUGAAGAAAAAAUAAUAAAAAUUCUAGAACAUAAUUUAGAACAAAUAAAUUACCUUAAUAAAAAAUCCCAUUACUUAGAAAAAAAAGCAGAAUAUUUAAAAAAAAACUUAGAAAAUACAAAUAAUGAAAAUUCUAAACAAAAUAAUAAUUGUAAUAUUUCCAAAACUGGAAAAUUAAAGUUUGUUACUUCAUCUAAUGGUUUAAAACAUUCUAUUAAUAAUGUUCAAGGAAAUAUUAACCAAAAUGGUUUUACAAUAUUUCAUAAAAAUAAAAAAAAAAUGAUGUACUAUUGGAAUAUUAUUGAAUUACCUAUUAAAGUUAUCGGAAGUAUUGAACAAUGUUUUUUUUUUAUUUACAGAAAUAAUAAUCAAAUUUUCUGUACAGAUAAUAAACUAAAAAGUCAUUCGUGGAUAAAUAGUUUGAGUGAAGCAUCUCUUUGUUAUAAUUUUGGAAUUAAAGGAAUUAUAAUAAAUAAUAAUAUUAUCAAUGAUAAAUUAAUUAAAAAAAAUAAAAUUAAUGAAAAUAUUUUAACUGUUGAUAUUAAACCUGAAGAAAACUCAACUCGUAUUUUAGUUAAUGAUGUAGAACAAAAAUUAGAAAAUAACAAUGGUGUAAUUAAUUUAAAUAAAAUUAAAAAAAAAAUUGAAGAUGAAAAGAAAAUAAACAAAAAAUCAGAAAUAAUUAAUGGGAUUAACGAUAAAAAAGAGAGUCAAAAAGAAAAUAGUGAUGAAAAUAAAGAAAAUGAUAAAAAUAAAGAAAAUGAUAAAAAUAAAGAAAAUGAUAAAAAUAAAGAAGAUGAUAAAAAUAAAGAAGAUGAUGAAAAUGAAGAAGAUGAUGAAAAUGAAGAAGAUGAUGAAUAA